GGGGGCGCCCCCUGGCCUCCGGCAAAGGAGGCCGCCCUCUUUCUUAAGGCAAUUAACCAAUUAAGAAGAGUAACAUGGAAGGGUGGAAGCCGUACCCAUUCCCUCCGAUUGAUUCUUAUGCAAGUUAGUGUAGUGGUGGCAUAA